UAUCCUUUCGUCAUUGCCCUGUGUCCUCAAAAAGCAUCAUACAGUGAAAAACUGCAAAAAUAUAUUCAAAAGUAUAUACAGCUAAAUUCUAAUGCCUACUGCAUCUGCCUAUAAAUAUGUCACUCCACUCUACCACAAAUCUCCCAUAACCUCAACCUCUCUCUCUGUGCCGCUGUUUGAACUUCACUUUUAUCUCCAAGUUUCAGCGCAGAGAAAAUGGCUAUUAAAUUACUAAGCAUUUUCAUGUUAUGUGUGGCUUUGAUACUUGUUUUUCUUGAACCAAACCAGGGCGCCUCCACCGUAGAAACAUCGGCAUUUCAACAACAGCGCCAAGGGAAUUACCAACCGUAUGGUACUACCCAAGGCAGCCUUCGUCCUCAAGAGUGCGCACCGCGAUGUACAAGUCGGUGCUCGGCUACAGCAUACAAGAAGCCUUGUUUGUUUUUCUGCCAAAAGUGUUGCGCCAAGUGCUUGUGUGUGCCUCCUGGAACAUAUGGAAACAAACAAGUUUGCCCUUGCUACAAUAACUGGAAGACCAAGAGAGGAGGACCAAAAUGCCCCUAAGGACUUUACUCCAACUUAUGCAUUCUACAUAUAUGAUAGUUAGUCAAGCUCUCUUAUAAUAUAAUAUGCAACUUAAGCCUAAUAACAUGAUGUUGUAUGCUCCAAAAUAUCCACCUUAAAAAGGUAGAGGCUUGAGGGUUCGACUUAUGUAUUAGUUAUGUGAUUUGACAAAUAUAUAAUUCUCAUGGAUGAAAA